AAUUCUGCAAGUGGUUCUGAUUUACUAUCGCUGUUCUCUAGCUGGUCUAAAACCGAUUUUGACCUAAAGGGACGUUUUUUGGACGCCAUGGACGUUUCUCAGUUUCAAGGCAGAGAGAACAGUAAAAAUGCAGGCAGGGCACAGGACAAAGCACUAGGGACACAAUGUAUGUGAAAUGCUUUGAUACAUGAAUGUCAUUUUUUAACAUUUUUAAAUUUCCUGCCAGUUCCGUCCCCCGUACGUCCCGAUGCUCGCAGGGACUGAAACCCGGAAGACGGAUGCCGUCAUCGGCCGGAGGAGAUGGCCGGGGACGCCGCAGGGGGGACAU